UAAUCCACCCGGGUGGGGAAUACUCUCUUUUUAUUUGCCUUAGCAAGAAUUUCCAUUCUAAACCUGAGGGUAAGGGCUCAUCGAUAUUUCUGGCAGCGGCUACGACGCCCUAGACGUCGGAGUCCCACGGAGGCCUCUCUGGGACUAGUCUGGCUCUGGCCGGGAGUUCAGUCCCACGCACUCCUACCCCAGCGUGGGUGGCGGUGGGAUGAGGGCUUGUGGCGGCGCGACAGGCAGUUUUUCUGGUUUCUCCACAAACAAGAAGAGGAGAGCGUUCACUCAGCCCUUGCGAGAGGGCCUGGUACUUUCGUUCUAAAGCUUUCGUUUCCUCGGGGAACAGAAUUGCUACACGCAGUAGUUAUAAUUAUUCAAUAUGUUUCCAUUGACUGAGGAAAACAAGCAUGUGGCCCAGUUGUUGCUCAGUACUGGUACCUGUCCAAGAUGUGUUUACAGAUUCUGUGGUGUGGAUUUUCAUGCACCUUACAAACUUCCCUACAAGGAGUUGCUCAAUGAACUACAGAAAUUUCUGGAAACUGAAAAAGAUGAAUUAAUUUUGGAAGUUCCAAACCCACCUCCUAAGAAAAUUCGACUACAAGAACUAGAAGAUGGGAUUGAUGGGAUUGAUAAUCUGAGUCAAAAUGGAGAGGGAAGGGUCUCCGUUAUUGAAGAUGGUAGCAUUGCUUCCAAGAACUCAAAUUUAAAUGUGUGCAAUGUAUGUCUAGGAAUUCUUCAAGAAUUCUGUGAAAAAGAGUUCAUUAAAAAGGUGUGCCAAAAAGUUGAGGCCUCUGGGUUUGAAUUUACCAACUUGGUAUUUUCAGUCUCCUUUCCACCACAGCUAUCUGUAAGAGAGCAUGCUGCAUGGUUGCUGGUAAAACAGGAAAUGGGAAAACAGAGUCUGUCGCUGGGAAGAAAUGAUAUAGUUCAACUAAAAGAAGCCUACAAAUGGAUAACUCACCCCCUGUUUUCAGAGGAACUGGGUGUUCCCAUUGAUGGAAAGAGCUUGUUUGAAGUGAGUGUGGUGUUUGCUCACCCAGAAACAGUUGAGGAUUGCCACUUCCUACGUACAAUAUGCCCAGAUUGCUUCAAGCCAGCCAAAAACAAACAGUCAGUGUUCACUAGAAUGGCAGUUAUGAAAGCGUUGAAUAAGAUAAAAGAAGAGGAUUUCCGCAAGCAGUUUCCUUGUCCUCCAAACUCACCAAAGGCUGUAUGCACUGUUCUUGAAAUUGAGUGUGCUCAUGGUGCUGUUUUUGUGGCUGGGAGAUAUAAUAAAUAUUCCAGGAAUUUACCACAGACUCCUUGGAUAAUUGAUGGAGAAAGGAAGCUGGAAUCUUCAGUGGAAGAAUUAAUUUCAGAUCAUCUUUUGGCAGUAUUCAAAGCAGAGAGUUUUAAUUUUUCCUCCUCUGGAAGAGAAGAUGUAGAUGUGAGAACAUUAGGAAAUGGAAGGCCCUUUGCAAUUGAGCUGGUGAAUCCUCAUAGAGUACAUUUCACUUCACAAGAAAUUAAGGAACUUCAGCAGAAAAUUAAUAAUUCGUCUAACAAAAUCCAAGUUCGUGACUUGCAGCUUGUCACAAGAGAGGCAAUAGGACAUAUGAAAGAAGGUGAAGAAGAAAAGACCAAGUCCUAUAGUGCCUUAAUAUGGACAAAUAAAAUCAUACAGAAGAAAGACAUUGAAUUCCUAAAUGGCAUAAAGGACUUAAAGAUCGACCAGAAAACACCUCUGCGGGUCCUUCACCGGAGGCCCCUGGCUGUGAGAACUCGCAUCAUUCACUCCAUGGAGACAUGCUAUGUGGAUGAACAUCAUUUUCACCUCUAUCUGAAGACUCAAGCUGGAACCUACAUUAAAGAGUUUGUGCAUGGAGACUUUGGGAGAACCAAGCCGAACAUUGGCUCUCUAAUGAAUGUGACUGCAGACAUUCUUGAGCUGGAUGUUGAGUCUGUAGAUGUUGACUGGCCCCCUGCUCUGGAUGACUAGCUUUCAACCGGACACACAGAGUAGGGUUCUUGUGGCAUGAUGUGGACCUCCAUUCAGCAUACACUGUAUAAUGGCUGUUUACUCACCAUUACAGUGUCUUGGAAACCAUUUGGAUCACGUUGAUCUAUGUGUUUUAAAAUUUGUUGUAACAUCUCAGGAUCUAUGUAUGUGUAUAUUUUGUGUUAAAUGUUCUAAGGAUGUCUUAUGAUUUUUCUUGUUCCCUCUCCAACCCCUACAUGCCAGACUAUGAAUAAUGAAAACAUUCUCUUAAUUCUUUCAUUUAGAGAAGUACACAAACAGGAUACAUUCUCUGAUAAUCUGAGAAGCUAUAAUUUCUUUCAGCAAAAUUUCCCUCCACAAGACAUACCACCUUCAAAAUCAUGUUCUAAAUUUUAAAAAUGAUCUUGGUAAGUUAUAUCUAGAUUUAUACAGUACAGUAUCCUAUAAUAUUCUAAGAUAUCAAAUGCAAAUCUAACAUCAUUAAUAUUUUUCCCAGUAAGCUUUAAGCAAGCUAUUACCAACAGAAGUACUUUUUGUAUAAUCUGUCACAAAUCUUAAUGACUUCAAGUUACUAUUUUGACGACUUAAAAAUAUCAAUAUGUUUCCUGGGGAGGGAAGGUGAAACCUUAGGAAUUGAGGCAUACCCUGUUAAGAGACUUCCAUAAAUCUUUUAAAUAAGAAGACACAAGUGCCUUCAGUAACUUCAAACCCAGGGAUAAGAUUUUGAAAAAUUAAGAUUGCUAAACAAUCUGCUAUUAUACCAGAGUGCUUCAAUAUAUUAUCCAAUUUCAAACAUCUUCAUCAAGUGGAUAGGAUAUUAUCAUUUCCAUUUUAUAAAUAUGAAACCAAAGAAUGAAAGUUAAAUGAUUUAUCUAAAAUUGUUACUUCCAUAUCAGGGGCUAAAACUGAAGUUUCCUGGUCUCUAGGGUCCUUUCUUAAGAACUCUUGUUAUUGAGCACCCACUGUGUGAAGGAGGCACCUGAGAAUGUCAUUUAAAUGCACUAACCAAAAAAAUAAUAAUUAAAAUAAACAAAUGCACUAACCAUCAGAAAUGACUUUUGGAAUUUAGAAACCAAAUCAAGGAGCUUGCCAAAAAAUAGACCAAGUAUAUUUCAUAUGAUCUUACAUGAUUACCAUUUGUUAAUAAAUUAAUCAUCAGUUGGUACUAUGAAGAAGGAAAAAUGAAAUAAGCUAAACCUAAAGAAAAUGGAUGGGUCAUUAAGAGAAACGUUUCAGCAGUCUCAUUAAAAUUUCAGAUUUAAGUAGUAAUUUCUUUCACCCUGAUUGAACUAUCUGAGAGCUUAUUUUAGAACACAUGUGACUUGGAUAGUAUUGGAUGAUUGUUUCCCAUCUCUUCAUUAAACAUACUUCAUAGAUACCAAGAUGUAUUAUUCAUUUUAGAAAUCAGGAAAACUAUUUAAUUGACAUGAAGAAGUUUCAUAUGUGAAUACUAGCAAAUAAUUGUUUCACUAUUUUCCAUGCCAGAAAAUAAGAAAGGGAUAAUAGAAAUAAACUUCUGAUAAACAGGUAAGAACUUUUGUGUGAAUGUUUCUCCGUUUCUGGGGAAGUUUUGCUACAAAAAAGAUUUAAAUAAUUGGGGAGAUAGUCUUUUGCAUGUUUCUUUUUAGCUCAACUUUGAAUUUAGUGGAAUCUGCAAAAUGGAAAAAUUAAGAACUUCCUUAAUAGAUUUUGAUUUAAAUUUCUAUUCCUGACAUUAUGCAAAAUUUCAAGCAAAAAGUAAACAUUAGCUGUAUAUACUUUACUUAUUCCAUAUGUUCAUAUAUUAUGAGACACAGGUUGUUAAAAAUCAGUGUAGGUCUGUUUUAUGCAAGAACUAGGAACAUUAAUGAAAGUACUAUAGGUUCACUUUUGCCUAUAUAAAAUUAUUUUAAAAUUAGCUUUGUGAUCUCUUCUCAUGGCUUUA